AUGCAAAUCCUGAGGUGGCGCGUCUUUCGCUACGUUUUCAAUGCCGACAUCAACAAGAUGUAUCGGCAAAUCCAAGUGGCUUCCCAACACACGCCCUAUCAGCGAAUACUGUUUCGCGACCGUAACGGGGACGUGUGUGACUACGAGCUCACCACUGUCACUUUCGGAGUCAACUGCGCACCGUACCUCGCCCUCCGCGUCCUCAAGCAACUCGCACAAGAGGUGCGUCCACAGCUGCCGAUGGCAAGCGUCAUCCUGGAGAGCGACAUGUACGUGGACGACGUGCUCGCUGGUGCUCACUCUCAGUCUCAGGCAAUUUCCGCCAUUGCUGAACUACGCGAAGCACUCGACUCUGCAGGGUUUCCGCUCCGAAAGUGGACAGCUAACCAUAAGGGCGUCCUGCGCGACAUUCCAGUCGACCACUUACUCCGCGCUGACUUCCUAGAGCUGGAAGAGAGUAGCAUCGCUAAGACGUUGGGAAUCCGAUGGCAAGCCAGUGCCGACGAGUUCUUCUUUUCGCCUCCCGCUUUAAACGAGCGACAAUCCUGCACGAAGCGCAAUGUGCUGUCCCAGAUCGCGCAGCUCUUUGAUCCAGCGGGAUGGCUUGCCCCCUUUCGUCGUCCAAGCGAAAAUAUUUAUGCAGGAGAUUUGGUUGAGAGACUUUCCGGCCAUCCAAGGGAUCCGCAUUCCGCGGUGGUUACACGUCUGUCCGAUGGCCAAGUCUCGUUGCCUAGACUCGAGCUGUGCGGAGCUGUCCUUCUGACAGAACUCUCCGUGGCCAUCCUUCCUCAAAUGCCGCUCGACGCCAGCCAGGUGUACUUUUGGACCGAUUCCACUAUUGUGUUGGCCUGGUUGAACAGGCCGGCAUGUGAUUGGACCACGUUUGUAGGGAAUCGAGUCGCCAAAAUCACUCGCUGUUGGCCCCGCGAACGAUGGAGCCACGUCCGAUCCGAGGACAACCCGGCCGACCUCGCCAGUCGAGGGCUCGGACCCACUGAACUGGUCGGCAAUGACAUGUGGUGGCAUGGCCCUGCGUGGCUGCGUGGUCCGCAGUCGGAGUGGCCUUGUCCACGAGGCUCAAUCCUUGAGACCGACUUGGAGAAACGAGCCGUCAAGGUUCACCACGCCACUGACACCGCCUCGGACAUUCUCAGCCGAUUUUCCGAAUUCGGACGCGCUCUGCGCGUGAUCGCCUACGUUCGGCGGUUCGGCCUGCGCGUCAGAGGGCAAGCAACGCCAGUCCACGUAUCCACAGAGCUAGACAAUAAAGAGGUCGCUGCAGCUCUCCAAGCUGUCACCAUCACGACCCAACGCUUCCAUUAUACGGCGGAGCAUCGCUGUCUUGUAAACAAGCAGCCACUUCCGACUACGAGCUCUCUUCAGAACCUCAAUCCGUUCCUGGACCAGAACGGGGUCAUGCGGGCAUGUGGCCGGGUCCGAGCCUCGGCAUCCAUGACCUACAACGAGCGGCAUCCAAUCCUGUUGCCACCCGCAUGCCUCCUGGUUCGCCUGCUGGUUCGAUUCACCCAUCACGUAUCCCUACAUGGUGGGAACCAGCUGGUCAUCCGCCUUCUCCGGGCAACAUACUGGAUCCCUCGACUACGUCACGUCGUGAGGGCAGUAAUCCACUCCUGUAAGGUCUGCGUCAUCCAUCGCAAGCGACUCCAAACCCAAUUAAUGGGCGACCUUCCUUCCUCACGAGUUACAUUUUCGCGGCCGUUCACAUACACCGGAGUCGACUUCGCCGGGCCGUUCGACGUGAAAAGUUUCACAGGACGCGCCUGUCGCAUCUCCAAGGGGUAUGUGUGCGUUUUCGUUUGUUUUACCACGAAGGCCAUCCAUUUGGAGGCUACGUCCGACUUGUCCACCGACACUUUCCUAGCCGCCUUCGCCCGGUUCGUCGCGAGACGAGGCUGUCCCCACGAAGUCCACUCCGACAACGGGAGGAAUUUUGUCGGCGCAUCCCGCUCUCUGGCUGUGGACCUUCUCGAGGCCCUCCGCACUCGGACCUCCGCGGUGUACAGCCAGCAGGGGCUCACGUGGCGAUUCAUCCCUCCAGGGGCCCCACAUAUGGGGGGCUUAUGGGAAGCGGGUGUGAAGAGCUUCAAGGCUCUUUUCCAACGAGACCUCGAGGUUGGAGACCUCGUGGUGAUCAAGGAGGAGAACAUCCCCGCUCAGGAAUGGCGUCUCGGCCGUGUGCAGAACGCGUAUCCUGGAGCCGAUGAUAAGGUCCGUGUGGUAGACCUACUCACGGCCCGCGGCCUUAUCAAGAGACCGAUCACGAAGGUGGUUCUGCUGCCUAUGGAAUCGGAUGUCCUGUCCACCUACUCGCGCGGAGGCUCCGAUUCAUAA